AUGCCUAUACCCACUCUCCAAACGCACUCAAUCGACGACGAGUCCCGCCAUGGCCGUGACAGGCGCCAGGCCCUUCUAGCGUUGACGCAGACCUGCAGGACCCUCCGCCGGGUUUUCCUGCGCUAUCUCUGGCAACGAAUCGAACUCUACGACUCCAUCGAGAUUAGGGAGGCCUAUGGUGCUAUUAUGGCGCAGUACCAGCCACAUCCUUGUUGCCCUCCGGCGGACUGGGCUCUCAAGAGGCAUGCAGAGGUGCUCAUUGGACGGCUCGAGACAGUCACGAUUCGAGAGCCUAGUCUCGCUUUCCACGUCAAGAACGAAACUUGGGAUGGAUCCACGAGCGAGAUCUUCUUGCCACCCUCUCUUGAGAUCCUGCAUAUGAUCCCCUUCCAGCAGGACCCGAUAUCAAGGGCGACUCCUUCUCGAUUUUUCUAUGGAAUCUCCUCAAUGUGUUUGACAGAAAUCGUCAAGCAGCUGCCAAAUUUGCGUGAAGUAUCUCUCGACCCUACCCUAUUGCUACUCGGUUUCGACCAGUUGAAGCCUCUUUCCACCUUACAGCACCUCCACACCAUACGUCUCGCGCUGAAUAUGGACCCACCGAGGCCUGGACAUAGAAUCCUAUACAAGCCAGGACAGGAGACCACACAGGCAGCGCUGUGGGUCAGACACACCUACUCGGGUGAAUAA